CACAGCACAGCCAGCAUCAGCAGCAGCAGAUGUUGAUGUUGCGGCAGCAGCAGCAGCAACAGCAGCGGCAGCAGCAGCAGCAGCAGCAGCAGCAGCAGCAGCAGCAGCAGGCUUUCCCAUACCAAGGGGCGCAGUAUGGGAAUGGCAGCUGGCACGGGUGCGAGAUGCCGUACCAGGGCGUGGCUAGCGGCAGCGACGCUGGCGGGAGCAACGUUGGCGGUUGGGGCGGAGGGAGUGCUUGCGAUGGGGGGUCAGAGGCGGAGCGGUGCGGGAGUGCAGCUGGACCAGCGAUGGGCGGAGAGGUGGACGAUGGGGAGGAAGGCGAGGAGGCGGGCGAUGGCAUGGAGCUGGAGGAGGGCGAGGAGGAGAGCGAGGAGGAGGAGGAGGGCGAGGGCGAGGGCCCGGCGGAGGGCGAUGUGGAUGGCGAGCGGUUGCGCAGCAUGGACAGCGUGGAUCGCGAGACGGUCCAGCAGAUGCUCGCGCUUGUGCACCAGCAGCAGCCUUGGUAUGGCGGCAGCGGGGCGUGAGGCGAAGAGGCCCAGUGCCCAGCUCUUGCCGGCCCUCGCGCUCCAAUGUGCAAUGAGGUGAGAACCUCGGCGGCGAGGUGCGAAUGUCUAAGGUUCGGUUCGGCUUCGGGAGACAGCGACCUCUCUCUCGAUCUCUCAAAGAGAGAGCGGUCCUUGUCGAAUUGUCAGCUUCAGUCCACACAGUCACAGAUCACAAGAAAGAAGUAGUCUCUUAGACAACCGCGCAUAAUACAGAUUACUGUUCCCGGGCAUUAUAGUCCGCUAUAUUAUAAUU